AUGAUGGAAGAAGGGAAGCUGAGGAGCAUUCUUGAUUCUAAGCUGCAGAUAGAUGACGAGGACGAAAGGGUAAUCACGGCAGUUAAAGUAGCUUUGUGGUGUAUACAGGAUGAUAUGCACCUAAGGCCACCCAUGACAAAGGUAGUCCAAAUGCUUGAAGGUCUCUGCGGCGUUCCUCUGCCACCAACUGCAUCCCAAACGGGUUCCCGUCUUUAUUCGAGUCUGUUCAAGUCAUCAGCGAGGAGGGCACGAGUUCUGGACCAUCAGACUGUAACAGUGAUGCCUAUCUUUCUGCCGUGUGACUUUCAGGGCCGAGAUUACUCGAAAUUUUGUGACAGUAAAGCUUGA